AUGGCUAUGCUAUCAUCUCGGCCACUUUUAAAGAGGGCUAAAACAGUCAAUACCGAUAGAAGAAUUAAAACUAAAGGCAAACAGUCACAAAAUGAUCAGACGAGGAUCACUAUCAAUACAUCUCACGCAAAUUCAUCUUUCAAGGCGCUAUCAAAUUGCUUCAAAUAUUUGGGCAAUGGAUGGCACGAGGAACGUUGGGACAUUCUGUACGUAAAGUCUUGUGAUAUUUAUUGGCAUGAAAAAUCUUUAACCAGUCGAGAAAGAUUUAUUCAAGGAAAAGUCAAUAAAUUUCCAGGAAUGAAGGAAAUAGUUUGUAAAGCAAAAUUUGCUUAUUUACUAAAUCGACUACGAUCCCUAUUUCCUAAGCAUUUCUCCUUUUAUCCUCGAACUUGGAUUGCAUUACAAGAAAUGAUGACUGAAGUAAUGAAAUUAAGCCCGAAGGAGUUAAAUAGUACUACAUUUAUUGUUAAACCUGAUGGAGGUUCCGAAGGUCGUGGUAUAUUUCUAUUGCAAGGUUUAAAGCAACUGGAAGCGUUAUAUUUUCAAAUCACUGAAGCAGUUGUUAUACAAAAGUAUAUAUCAAAUCCGUAUUUAAUUGAUGGCUUUAAAUUCGAUUUAAGAUUAUAUGCCGUAUUAACUAAUUUAAAUCCACUCGAAACUUAUAUAUUCCGUGAUGGUCUAGCAAGAUUCUGUACUGUGCCGUAUCAAAUACCAAAUUUAAAAAAUCUUAGACAAACUUGUAUGCAUUUGACCAAUUAUUCAUUAAAUAAAAGUAAUCCAUCAUUUGUAUUGAUGAAUAAUCCCCACGAAGGUAGUAAAAGAACCAUAUCUUCGGUAUUAAAAAAUAUGGAAAAUUUGGGUCACUCUAUUGAUAUUAUUUGGUUUGCUAUCGAACAAUUAGUCGCUAAAACAAUUAUUGCAAUGUUACCAAGUUUAAAAAUUGAAUUUGAUAGCUGGAAUGCAAUUCAUAAAGUACCAGAUAACAAAUUUAGCUGUUUCCAUAUCUUAGGUUUUGAUGUAAUACUGGACGAAGAUUUAAAACCACAUUUACUUGAAGUUAAUGCGAACCCAAGCUUAAAUAUAGAGCACGAACGGUAUAAUAAGAGAGGAAUAUCUUCGAAUGUAAUUAGUCCAGUUGAUGAAUAUAUAAAGUGCCAACUAAUUGCCGAAACUUUAAAAUUGGUCCAGCCAUCAUUCAAAGCAAGUAAAGUGAAAAUUUCACAUAAUACAGAAAAUAUCGAAAAAACAACUAUCCAAUUUAGUAAUAUUUUUCCAAAGUUAAGUGAAGAAUAUUCAGAGCUAAGAAUUAUUGAAAGGGCUUGCCGAAUACCCAGCAAAGAAAUAUGUAUCGCCGACUUAGAUGUACUAUUUAUCAACAUGACUCGUAACUAUCGAUAUGGAUACUCUUGUAAAGCCAUUAAUACUGUACAUAACAAUGGAAAAUUACUCGAUUUUGAUGGAUUUUACGAAAUUUUACUAGUUAUAGCUAGAAAAAAGUUCUACAGUGACGAAUCGAUUAUCGAGCAUAUCAUGAAUAUGAUUGUAAAAUAA